AGCACUUUCAACUACUUUUAUUGAUUAGGUACUCUCCAAACGUCUGCUCCAUCUUGCUAUCUUCAGAAAACAUCCAAAAUAUCAUAUCACAUGGCCAAGAAAGCUUCAUCAAGCUCAAGUCGCGGGCGAGGCGGUUCACGAGGAAAGCGUGGAGGAAGAGGGGGCCACAAUCACCACGGAGGACCUGGUCGUAGACGUUACGAUUAUCCAGAGGGAGAACGGCCAGAGAGUGCGAUCGAUGUUGUGGAAGGAUCCAACGAUAAUGAAGAGGGAGAAAGUGAAGAUGAGGAUGAUUUAGUCAAAAUCACUAUUGACGUUCCUGUAGCAAUGUGGGAUUUCGACCACUGUGACCCUCGCAGGUGCUCAGGCAAGAAGUUGGCUCGACUCGGACUCAUCGAGGAACUUAGAGUGGGCUCGCGGUUCAGGGGUAUAGUGCUCUCUCCCAAGGGUAAACAGGUCUUAAGUCCCUCCGACCGAGAGAUCGUAGCGAAGAAUGGGGUCGCAGUGGUCGAAUGCUCUUGGGCACGUCUUGACGAUAUUCCUUUCGGAAAAAUUGCAAGUCCUCAUGAGCGCUUGUUACCUUACCUCGUCGCCACCAAUCCAACGAAUUAUGGAAAGCCGUGGCGGCUCAACUGUGUCGAGGCUUUAGCAGCCUCAUUUUACCUUACCGGCUUCGAUUCCUAUGGUGAGCGGCUACUGCAGGACUUUGGCUGGGGAGGGUCGUUCUGGAAGGUCAAUCGGCCUUUCAUCGAGCGAUACAGGACGUGCAACACAGCCGAAGAAGUCAGCCAAAUGCAAGAGACGAUCAUGGAAGAACUGGAGAAGAGUUACGAGGAGUCAAGGCAGCAGCGAGACUUGCUCGAGGGAACGGACCUUCCUGCUUCCAAUCCUAACCACCUUCCAGCAGAAGUCGAGAGCGACGAAGAGCUAGAUGCAGCCGAGGCCGAGUAGCACGCUCGUCCAACCACGUUUUCUGAGUCUGAAUCGCUUCUGUCUCUGUAUUUGCCCCCAGCCCUGGUUAUCCAUAUAGAGAAUGCGGUCUCCGCAAAACUCUUGUCUUUGGGGCCCUCGUAU